AUGCCUGCGGAGGGUAUCCGCACUCUCCAUGUCCUAUCUGUCUCGGACACCCACGGAUGGGUCUAUGGGCAUGCUCAUCAGCACGACAUUGGGAACUACGGUCUUUUAGUCUCAUACAUUGAGCAUAUGCAUAAUGCAGCAGCCAGAGAUCCUUCAGCAGACGUCUUAGCCAUUGAUGGGGGAGAUAUCAUCGAGGGGACAGGCCUAUCAGAUGUUACAGAUGUUAGGGGGGAGAUCAUUUAUAGCCUUGCUUCGCGUCUCCCCUUCGAUAUCAUGACCAUCGGUAACCAUGACAUGGACAACGCCGAUUCUGCAGCCUUCCUCAGUGACCACUCAGACACCCUUUUUGGAGACAGGUUCAUUUCUACUAACACUUACAGGAACAGCGACGGCGCACCACUCAUUCAGCACACACAUAAGUACCUAACCUUCAAGAAUGGCAUCCGUGCAAUGGUCUUCUCCUUCCUCUUUCACGGGAUGCUCUAUGAGUAUGGCCACACGAAGCCCCCAGCGCAGGUCAUUAAGAGCAGCGCCGUCCAGGAUAUUCUUGACUCUUAUAAGUACAGUGUAGAUGUUCUAGUAGUGAACAACCACAUGGCCUCUGGGGACUCAGAGUGGAGCGAAAUCUACGCCGCCUUUCGAAGCUACUAUGACGCUCAGAACUACACUAUCCCGAUGCUGCUCCUGGCGUCCCAUAGCCACAUAUUGGUCAAUCAAGAAUGUCCCUUUCCCAACGCCACCCAGUGCUACAUGGUUGAGGCAGGCUGCUACCUAGAGCACUUGCAACACGUGGAAUACAUGUUUUUGGACGUUGACUAUGAGAGCAAUGGGGAGAUUCAUAAAGGCGUUCAGAUGGCAAAGAUCGUGCCAAACCUCCCCACCGACUUCACGUAUGCUAACUCCGCUCUCCGCCUUAACAUACCAGAGAAUGCCUUAUUGACAAAGAACGGCCUGGCUAUUCAGGAGCAGAUUGAGAUGUACGUUGCCGCGCUGAACAUCAUGACUGUAAUAGGGUACUCACCCCACGAAUACAACCUUGCCCCGCCAUAUGACUCCUCCAGUUCACUUUACUCUUUGUGGAUCAAGGACGUUGUUCCGUCCCAGCUCUUCUCCUUGGACAUCUUUGACAAGACAUGCAGGCCCCUAGUCGCCUCCGUAUCAGGUUAUUUUAGAGAGUCCUUGUAUGCGGGGAAUAUAACGCUAGAUGAUACGUACACGAUAUUCCCUUUUCGCUACGUCAUGAGCUACCUAAACAACGUCACUUACGACGAGCUUUCGUGCGUCGUAAACUAUAUGAACAGCAUGGGGACUGGAAACCAGGGUGCACCGCUGAUUCUGCUUGAGGAGGAUAUCUCUAGCAUGGACAGGGGCGCAUGCUAUAAUAUCAUCCUGACAUCUUACGAAUCGCGAUACAUCACUUUGGCGAUGGGCAGAGGAGGGCCGUGUCACAAUGUCAGUGACUCGUCGAAGUCGUAUGUUCCAAAGACUAUUUACGUAGAGUCGGAUGCCACUGGCAAUGUCAGCGAAAACGUCACAAUGGGGGAUCUACUUCGCACGUACAUAAAGGACAACAUGCCCACUAGGGAGAAUGAUGCGAGCAACAGGUUCCUUUCAGCUAUAAUCAUCUCGUCCCUUUUCGGUAUUAUCCUCGUUAUCACUCUGAUACUCGUUUCCCUCCUGAUGCUUAGGAGAUGCAGGCUAAGACGUGCUGCUAAACGCCACGUAGAAAAGGAAAGCGAUAGACUCAUUUAUGACUCCGAUACCAUUACCACUGAAAGCGUUACAGAAGAAAGCAAGUAG